GAGGAUACCUACCCUUCCGUACAGCUGUCGCCUCACGCCUACAUCACCCGUAGAUACCCGAGCCCUAACGUGCCACUCCCAUAUCGCUCGCUCCAUGGGACCUACCUCGAGGUUCCAACCCCCAUCGCGCCACACGUACCCGCCCAAGACCGCACGGCACCCUUCUCCUCGCUGCUGGGCGCCGUCCAGCCGAUCCAUGGUCCAUGGAGCGAGAUGGCGCGAGAUAUAGUGGAGGCACCGCGCGACACCGUCCUUCGGGUGUUGGCCGAGGUGCCUCCGCAGGUGCUCGUCGAGGAGGCCCCGGAGCUUGUCCCAGAGCUGCCGCCGUCGCCAGAGACCGCCUCGGAGCCGGUGCUGCUGGAGCACCACGUGCAUGUGGAGGAGGAGCCAAGGCAGAAGAAGGCGAAAAAUGGGGAGGGGAGAGAUGGGAGGGAGGAGGGAGCGAGUCAGGGAGCGAGCGGCGCGACGGCGGGGAGGCGUAUAGUCAAGAGGCCGCGCAUGCCCCCGAUCGCGGGGUAUGGCCGAUUUUCGGUCAAGCUGCCAAGCGACUAUGCGGAGAGGGAGAGAGAGACGGUGGGAGAGCGAGGCCAGAUGCUUGUGGUCCAUCCACAGGCGCAUGGCAGCGCCCCCCAACAGACUACGCUAAAAUCGACGACGUCCACCCAUAGGGUGGAGAACCCCACAGGUGAUCCAGUCCCCGAGGCUAUAACGCAGUCCAUCGGAGGGCCCUGGACAUCGACACAUGGGGAGGAACAGAGAGGCGCGCGAAAGCGCAAGAGGGCAGACCCUCAUGUCUGCGACGGCACCGACGGGUGCAGCAAGCGGCUGUCGUGCCCUUACGACAUGCCCCGACACAAGGCGACUCUGCGCCACGGAGGACAGCGCGAAUUUGCAUGCGGCGACUGCCCAGCCCUUUUUGUGCGUAAAGAUGAAGUCCAUCGCCACAAGCGAGAGCACUGCCCAAACAGGGGCAGGAAACAUAGCGGUGAGGAUGGUCCCUCGCAGGGCCCGAGGCACGAUGGUCCAGAGGGCGGCGGAGGGGGAAUGGGGGGCAUAGGAGAUGGCCUGCUCAGUGGAUAGAGCUGAAGGACUUUGCUUGUGGUCGACAUCGACUCGACGCGUCGUCUAGCCCGGUAUUGCACGACGAAUAGGAAACCAGUCGUUAUGUAAGCUAUAAUACCGCCAUAAGUUGCUCAUCGUCGACUUCAUCUACGACGGCACCUCAGCGACGAGGGGUCGAUAAGCUCAUCUCUCACGAGGUUCAUCACACGCAACUUAUCACGGAUUUACGGUUGUUGUACAGUCUGUUCACUCUAGCGCUUUUUUCAUAAAAUAUCGAUCUAUUCCUUCUCAU